AUGCGGUACUUUCCUCUGAUCCCAAGACAAAAGAGGAUUUACAUGUCAUCUAAAACAGCAGAGGAUAUGAGAUGGCAUUUUGACCGUAAAGAUGGAAAUAUCAUAAGUCACCCGGCGGAUGGUGAAGCUUGGAAAUUGUUUGAUAAAAGAUACGAGGAAUUCGCCAAAGAUCCUCGUAGUGUUAGACUGGGUCUAGCAAGUGAUGGCUAUAAUCCAUAUCGUUUGAUGAAUACUAGUUACAGUACAUGGCCGGUGAUCCUGAUUCCUUAUAAUUUGCCACCGUGGCUUUGUAUGAAGUCUACAUCAUUCAUUUUGUCUUUGCUUAUUCCGGGGAAACAGGGUCCUGGUAUGAAUAUUGAUGUGUACUUGCAACCACUAAUCCAUGAGUUAAAAUUGUUGUGGGAAGGUGUAGAUGCAUUUGAUGCUUAUAGCGGAAAAAAUUUCAAGAUGCGAGCAGCCUUACACUCUACUAUAAAUGACUUUCCAGCAUAUGAUAUGUUGUCGGGUUGGAGUACAAGAGGUUAUAAAGCUUGCCCUUCGUGUGCCGAUUCUACUUAUGCGUAUAGCUUUGGUGGUAAAGUUGUCUACCCUGGAUGUCGAAAAUGGUUACCAAUUGACCAUCGUUAUCGUUCCCAAGCAAAUUUAUUUGAUGGGACAGAGGAACAUGGUCUUGCUCCGGUUCGUGUAAGCGGGUCAGAAGUUUUGAAGCAACAAGAAAGAGUUAAGUAUGUGUUUGGAAAGUCAAAAGUUGUUCCGAAAAAAAGAGGGAGACUAGAAGAUGAUGAACUUGAUGAUGAUGAUAAUGAUGAUAAUGACGAGGACGAGUCUAAUCCUGUUCUGUGGAAAAAGAAAAGUAAGCUUUUUGAAUUAGAAUAUUGGGAACAUAAUCCUCUUAGACACAACUUGGAUGUUAUGCACAUUGAGAAGAAUGUAUGUGACAAUUUCUUAGGAACUCUUUUAGAUAUGAGCAAGAGUAGAGAUGAUAAGAAUGCUAGAUUGGCCCUUAAAAAACUGAACAUAAAACCUCAUCUUUGGCCUCAAUCUCAUCCAAGUCGUGUUAACGACUAUUUGCCUCCAGCUGCAUACACCAUGUCUAAAGAAGAGAAAGAAAGAUUUCUUAAAUUCCUACAAAAUCUUAAAGUUCCCGAUGGGUAUGGAUCUAAUUUGCAAAGGUGUGUGAAUUUGAAGCAACGAAAACUUAUUAAUCUGAAAAGCCACGACAAUCAUAUGCUCAUGCAAGAUAUCCUUCUUGUUGCUUUAAGAGCAUCGAAUGCUACAAAAGUAAUUGAUGUGCUCGAUGAAUUGUCGUACUUUUUCAAGAAGAUAUGUUCAACAUCUAUUGAAAGAGGUGAAUUAGAUACCAUUCAGUCGAAUCUUGUGUUGACUCUUUGUAAGAUGGAGAAAGAGUUUCUUCCAACGUUUUUCACAAUCAUGGUGCAUCUACUAAUUCAUCUAGUGGAUGAGGUCAAACUCGGCGGACCUGUUCAUUAUAGGUGGAUGUAUCCCAUUGAGAGGUAUUUGGCCUUUUUGAAAUCUCAUGUGAGCAAUAAAGCGCAACCAGAAGGAUCCAUAGCUGAAGGGUACCUUUUAUGGGAAACAAUUGCAUUUUGUUCGAGAUAUUUAGAAAGUGUCGAGACCGUAUUCAACAGACCGAAAAGGAAUGAAGAUGGUGUUCCAGACAUCAACAACUAUUUAUAUGACUCUGCUGGUCGUGUAGUUGGGACGAAAAAAAAUGUCCGCGUUGAUGACAAAAGUUUAAAGCAAGCACAUCUUUAUGUUUUGCUUCAUUCAGAUGAGAUGAAACCGGCCUAUAACCUAGAUGAUAGCACAAAAAAAGGAAAAUUGAGAAAAGCCUUGGCAUAUGGUUUAAGCAAUCGCGGCAAAAGGAUGAAAAGUGUUAUUAUCAAUGGCUAUAAGUUUGACACCGUGGAUCGUGAGCGAUCUCAAAAGACUCAAAAUUCUGGAAUUAUGGUAGAAGCUGAUGGCCAAGAGUAUUACGGAAAACUUAAAGAAAUAUUAGAACUUGAUUAUUAUGGUUCUUUCAAGGUUCUAAUGUUUCGAUGUGACUGGGUUGAUGUACGGAGGGGUGUCAAAACAUACUCGAGCUGUAGAGUUCGUGUCAAUUUCUCAAAGUUGAUGCACACUGGUCAAAAGUUGGAUGAUGAUCCAUUUAUUUUCUCUUCUCAAGCAAAACAAGUUUUUUACAUUGAGGAUGAGAUACAAAAAGGAUGGCAUCAUGUUAUUAAGACUAAGCCUAGGGACUUGUUUGAUAUACCUGAUGAUGACGAUGAUGAUGAGCUUCUAAAUAAAAGUUGCCAACUUGCUGUCUGCGAAUCUCUAGAAUCAGAGGACUACUUAUCUGCCAUAGCUACACAAGAUGACAUUUCAUGUUGUUUGGACUUGUGUGAUCAGGUGGUCAUUUUGAGCUGGGAGAUUUUUCCAUACAUGAUAUGCCUGAGCUACAUUGAUGGCUCGUGUUAUUUAGAUCUUCUUGACAAUGUUGUAGCUUAUUAUUUCAAGAACAGGAAGAGUCUGGUGAUGAUUUCUUACCCUGCUCUCCUUAGACCUUAG